AUGUGGAUGCGGUCACAAAUCUACUUAUUCUUCAUAUUGUUAAUCACUCCAUCACUUCCAAGACGAGGUGGUGGUGGUUUCGGAGGGCGAGGCGGAGGAGGAUGGGGAGGCAGAGGACGUGGAGGAGGAAUACGCCCACCAUAUAGACCACCACCAGUGCGACCGCGCCCAGGAGGCUUUGGUGGAGGUUUUCGUGGAGGACGUUUUGGAGGCUACGGAGGCUACAGAGGUUAUGGAGGUUACGGAGGGUUCCGUUCUGGCUAUGGGCUAGGAUCGAUAUCCAGAGGUCACUCGUUCCGGAAUGCACUUAUUGGAGGAGCGCUAGGAGCUGUUGGAGGUAUGCUAGCAUUCGAAGCAGGGCGUCAUAUUAUUCGUUCGAUGACAACACCAUUCAACUACGGUGGACGUGACUAUUACUGGGAUGAACAUCAGAACGCACAAAACGAUGAGAUGAUUUGCUCAAUUUCCAUAGAGGAUUUACAAAAGCUCUCAGAUGGAAAAGUGCAUGCACCACAAGUACGACGAGUGCGACAAUCGGAAAUGAAUCAAACGACAGUGUUAGCUCAAAACACCAGCGCUGCCACCAACCCAACCUCGACAAUGGACCCUAAUAAAGUAUUAGAAAAUUUGCAAUACAAAGAUGGCACGAAACCCAAACAAAUAACCUGGGCUUGCAAAAGACAUAGUGAGGUUUGCUGUGGUACGGAAUGCUGUCCAGCAGACGGUGUGUCGCCUAUGGCCAAAAGGAUAGGUUUAAUUAUACUUGUCGUCGCACUUCUGAUGCUUGGGAUUUGCUGCAUUGGUUGGAUCGCUUAUGCAAUGUGCCGGAAACCUAGCCCAGUACCGAGUGCAGCACCAAUGCCUGUGCAAUAUCCGCAACAGCAAUAUCCAUCUCCAGACCCAUACUACGACCAAAACUAUUAUGGUGGUGGUCCAGCUUACCCACCCUAUCCAAGCUAUGGUUAUCCUGAAUAUUAUCCCCAUUAUGUUCAAGAAGUUCCUCAACCCUAUCCAUAUCAAGCUUACCCUCCAUCUCCGUACUACCCUCCCGAAGGAUAUCCGCAGCCAGGCUAUCCUCCCGAAGGUUAUCCACCGCAAAACUAUCCCUACGGUAGCGAAGAAGGCCACCGACGACCGUUAAAUCAAAGACAGCAGCAGCAGCAGCGAAAGGAAAAAGACCAGUCUUCUACGCACAGCAAACCCUCAGCACCGGAACAUUAA